AUGUCUAAUACUUCAUUUUUGUCGUCUCUUUCUUUCUUCAACGAUGAAUAUCGCGGAGUCAAUAUCAGCGAACCCGAAAGUACAGAGGAAAGCGGGCUACGAAUAUCAAGCAAUAAAAUCCUGAGAAAACCUUUCAACCAUAAUGCGCCAAGGACAAGGCUGUCCUCUUGGACAAAUGACGAUGAUGGUGAAUCCCGUUUCCGAAAUAUACCUGCGGUUUGGGACCUAACGAAGAUCGCAGAAAGCCUCCUUCCUCACUCUCCGACCGCAUACCAAACUCCAACAGUACCACUCCUGCCGCCUAAAAAGACACACAGAUUUGUACGCAAGCGGCAACUUUUGACGCUGCUUUUCGAAGGCUCCGCACGUUUCUUCAUCACUGUUAGCUUGACUGCAGGCCUGCUAUGGACGCUAUUCUAUUAUGCGAAAAAGCCUGUGUUGCGCGAGUCGCAGAAGAAGAUGUUCAACACCCUCGUAACGUCUCUAAGUAUGAGUCUUGGUAUUGCUAUUGCAAGCAGCUUCAAGGAAGUGGCGAUCAAUAUUCGGUGGUGGGUUUUGAGUCGGAAAAAGAGACCUCUUUCAGAGGUUGACGCAAUCUUGGAGUGCGGAAGCCUCACAGGUCUCACGGUCCUUGCUGCGAAGUCGACCCGCGAUCGAAAGCUAAAGAUUGCUAUAAUUUGUGCGUUGUGGGUGUUGAUCAACAUCGCUGCACAAGUUGGAGUUGCUAUGAUUGGUUUGACGUACUCUUUAAACAAUGCUGUCGAUUAUAAUAGUAGCGUUAUUGGUGAUAUCCUAUUCACAGACGUGUCGCAAUCUUUUGCUUAUAGCAUCGACUACGAUACCACGGCUGCUAGUGAGCUUGCAGCACACACAUAUGGGGAAAUGGCCCUUGCCUGGGCGAUGGGAAAUUUAACAAUAGAUGCUAAAGUAACCCCCCCGACGCCACUCUCCGCUGCUGGUAGCAUUCCCUUCGCGUAUCUUGCAACUCCCGAUUACUUUCAAUAUUUCUUUAUGGAAUCCUCAGCCAACUCUGGUCCCAACUCCAAUCCCAUCAACUUCUACAGUAACCGCAGCAUCAAGACUACAGGCUCUUGUGUUACUUACCCUGUUCAUGACAAUGUCAACGGGUCCUCACAGUCCUUUACAGUCGAGAAAGACGGCAAAACAUAUGAUCCCGGCUUCGAAUCUAUAGGACCAAAUUCGACCACAUACUAUACACAACAGAAUAUGGAAUGCGGGCCAAGAUGUAAGGAACUCUGUGCUUACGAAAAUAAUGGCGUGGCAGCCUUCUAUUAUGAAUGCAAUGUCACGGUGAGCACCGUCUCGAAUGUAUCAUAUCCAUCGCAGAAUGUCUCGGACAAGAACGCUCUGAUGGCAGCGGGGGCUAUCGGCUUGCAAGGCUAUCAGCAGUAUUCUAAUUCCCAGCCCAUGUCUCAAUAUCAGCAGUUCCCCGCCGAAUCAACUUACGGGCACUUUGUAGGUGAUGGGGCGCAGAUGGCCUCGCUCAUGAGCCAAUUUGCGAUUGGUGUCUUUGUUACCGCGGACAAGAUCAUGCAGCCCAUUCGGGUCCCGGUAGAUGGCCUCUUGCCACUUCAAGGCGUCCGUCUUUCGGUCGAUAAACCAGUUGUCGUGUUUGCUAUCCUAAUCAGUAUUGUUGCUUGCCAUUUUGUGUUGUUUGUUCUAGGCUCGGUGCUGGCGAAUAGAGUUGUUGUUGUUAAUGAUAGUUAUUUGGCAAUUGCGCUUCUUCUGAGACCGGUUACGGAGAAGAUGGCGAAUCAAGACUUCCUGGUGGGGGGAGAAAGGAGCUUCCCUGAUAUGGAAAAGAUGGAUGUUGUGUACCGCAAGAGUAUGAGGGGAAAGGAGCGAGAUGGGAUUAUGGGGUUAGAGAUUAGUGAAAGCUAAUCGCGUGAGGAAUCCGAGGACUUGG